AAAAAUCAUAACAAUCUUAAAUCAUAAGAAUGAGCAUGUGGUGGUUCAUAGUAACAACAUUAGCCAUUAGUGCUUUCAUUUGUAAAUCCCCUGCUUAUGCUUAUGAUAACAACCCUCUACAGGACAUAUGUGUUGCUGUUAACGACUCUCACGCUUCAGUUUUUGUGAACGGGAAGAUUUGCAAAGACCCAAAGCUUGCAACACCGAAUGAUUUCUAUUUUGCAGGUCUUAAUGUAAGUGGAAAUGAAGUGUCUGGGUUAGGUUUUGCUUUAAAGACUGUAUAUGUAAACGAUAUGCCUGGACUUAACACUCUUGGUAUUUCUAUUGGUCGUCUUGACUUGGAACCUCAACGUCUUGCACCACUUCACACGCACCCUCGAGCUACUGAGCUGAUAACUGUCCUGGAGGGUACUCUGUGCGUAGGAUUUCUUGUCCCUGAUCCUGCAAACUUUUUUAAGAGUCGUCUCUUCUCCAAAAUCUUGAAUCCUGGCGAUGUGUUUGUGUUCCCAAUAGGUCUUAUUCACUUCCUGUAUAAUGUGGGACACAAAAAAGCUGUUGCGUUUGGCACUUUCAACAGUCAAAAUCCUGGAUUUGUCAUUAUUCCUAAUUCAAUCUUUGCUUCGAAUCCACCUAUUUCAGACGACAUUCUUGCCCAAGGCUUCCAGCUUAAUAAGACACAGAUUGCAGAACUUCAGAAGAAAUUCUCUUAAGGUUACAUAAUAUCGUUGAAACUGUGAUUUUGUGUUUUUUCCGAAAGUUUACUGCAGCACGUUAGGUGCUCACGCGCCUUAUGAAUGCGUUGGAUAAUACUUUACUCCUAAUAAAUCAAGUGUCAAUGUAUAUAUGUACCUGGCCUAAAAACUUUCUUCGCCAUACAAUGAAUAAGCCCAUGCACCUUUAAUUUUGUAAUCUAAGAGUGGAAUUGACAUGCUUAAUGGCAAUAUAUAAUUUCAAUAAUAAA